GGAAGGUCAGAGCUUGCCGGCGGUACACCCGUGCUCCGUUACCCCUCGCUACUGCCGAAGCACGCAACCGACAAUCGGAAGUUUGUAGUUAUUCUUAAGAAUAAAAUUUCCUUUCUGUUUCAUCUUUCAUCUUUCAUCCUUGUUUCACCGCCAAUAAAAGCACAUACAUACAACAUCAAUUGAGCAUUUCUUCCAAAUAUUUCCAUUCCCUAAGUGGUCAAUGCGAAGACGAGCAGAAUGAGCGAACCAAAGAAGAAAGGUUGCACUGCUGGUUGUUGUAGCGCUUCUCCUCCUCCCCCUCCGCCUCCGAAGGUGAAGGACGUUGGUUGUAGUUCGGGAUGCUGUGGUGGCGACAAGAUCGUGGAAGCCGAAGAAGCGGAUGAUUGUUGUAAACCACAGGUUCCAGAGAGCGAAAACUGCAGCGCCGUCGCCUGUGAAGCUCCCGGCAGUGCUUCUGAGCCCGAUGACGAUUGCUGCAAGCCUGAAAAGCCAAGUUCCCUCGAUGAUUGCCGAGAUGCCUGUUGCAAACCCAAGGAAAAGGUUGAUGACUGCUGUGUAUCCAAAGCAGCAAAUACGGCUCCCGCGGGUUCAGUUAGCUGCUGCGCUUCUAAAGCUGGACAAGGCAUGGAGGACAGUUGCUGCAAACCUGUAGAAACCGUCGUCGAUGAAUGUUGUCAGGACUCCUGCUGCGAUGCCGAGGAAGAAGUCGAUAAUAUUCGUAGUGAACCACCGAACGAUCUUCCACAGGAUACCUGCAAAGAUGCCUGUUGCUCGACUACGAAUCCCGACACUGUCGAGCCAUCUUGCUGUGAGGGCAAACAGAGGCCAUGCUGCGACAAAACAUGUAUCGACCGUCUCGUAAUCCGAGAGACUGCCAUUGAAAGGGGGCAAGGUGAUGGUGCAGCUUCAAGCUCUAGCCGCAGCCCAUCCCCCGCUAAAGAAGAGUCAAUUCGCGAGAAAUACGAAAUCAGACUCGAGGCCCUCGGGUGUUUGUGCAGAGCACUCAUCGCCCUAGGUCAAGAGUCAUGUUGUAUGGCUCGUGAUGUUUCCUCGGAGGAAAGGAAGCGCGGACCUAAGAGAACCGCUCGUCCUAAAUCCCAGGAGAAACAAGCCUCAACUUGCGAGCCAAAAGCAGCGGGAAAAUGUUGUUCGACGUCUCCGGUGCGUAAACCCUCAACCUCGAAAACUCGAGGCGGUACGUCUUGUAGCAAGGGUUGUUGUAAGGGAGCAAAUGAUUUUUCCACGGCUGAACCUGCUAAAGAGCCUAGCUGUUGCUCUAAAAGUCCGAGUCCUAAAGGGACUUGCUGUCGGCGAGAUAAAGACAUUGUUAUUGAACAUACUCUAAGGACGAAUGGGAGCCAAGAUGUUGUGACUACUGACCUUGAGAAAGGCCUCUCUGGCUCCGAGCGUGUCGUGCUCAAUAUCACCGGAAUGACGUGUACGGGCUGCGAAACUAAACUACAGCAAACACUAAGCAGAGUUGAUGCUGUGAAGAAUCUCAAGACGAGCCUCGUUAUGGCCAGGGUUGAAUUUCAACUAGACUUCAGUUUAGCCACGCCAGAGGAUAUCGUCAAGCAUAUCGAGAGAACGACCGAGUUCAAGUGCGAGAGGAUGGCAACCCACGGUUCCACAGUGGACAUCAUUCCCAGAGGAGGAGCCAAACAAUUUAUCCAGCAGUCCAUGCCUCUAGGUGUAGAAAACGUGGAUCUCAUCGAUGAGCGCACCGUUCGUAUUACGUUCGAGCCAGAGGUCAUUGGGGCCCGCGACCUAAUUAAUAAAACGUUUCAGACUCCGGUUACUCUCGCCUCUCCGCAGGCUGACCCAUCGAUUGUUGCGGGAAGCAAACAUGUUCGAUAUAUGGGCUGGACGACCUUGGCUUCGGCACUUCUCACUAUACCUGUGUUGGUGUUAGCAUGGGCCCCGUUAGAAGAGCGUCCGGUCACAUAUGGCGGUGUUUCCCUAGCCCUAGCGACCAUUGUUCAGAUCUUCAUCGCAGGUCCAUUCUACCCGAAGGCUCUAAAGAGUUUGGUGUUUUCGAGAGUGGUCGAAAUGGAUCUGCUAAUAGUCUUGAGUACCACUGCGGCAUACAUAUUUUCAGUCGUUUCAUUCGGUUAUCUGGUUAGCGGGCAGCCAUUAUCGACGGGUAACUUCUUUCAAACGAGUACCUUGUUGGUUACCCUGAUUAUGGUAGGGCGGUGGGUCAGCGCCCUUGCUCGCCAGAAAGCCGUCGAGAGUAUCUCUAUUCGAUCUUUACAAGCUUCUACUGCAAUUCUAAUUUCAGACAAUGGUGCCGAAACCGAAAUCGACACUAGACUGCUUCAGUAUGGCGACGUAUUCAAGGUCAUUCCUCAUACUCAGGCGCCUACGGACGGCAUCAUUGUCUCCGGUACGACGGAAGUAGAUGAAUCAAUGCUAACGGGUGAAUCACGCCUCAUUGAGAAGAAGCCGGGUUCGACAAUUCUUGCUGGGUCACUAAAUGGUAACGGAACUGUUACAGUACGCCUUACGAAAUUACCAGGGCAGAAUACCAUCAGCACCAUUGCAGCGAUGGUCGAUGAUGCUAAGCUGUCAAAGCCCAAGAUCCAAGACCUUGCUGAUCGGGUCGCUUCAUACUUUGUCCCGGUAGUUAUUUCCCUGACUUUAAUUACAUUCAUUGCUUGGGUUGGCGUAGGAAUUCGCAACCAAGGAAAAUCGGGAAGCGAGGCUGUGACACAGGCAAUAACAUACGGCAUCACGGUACUUAUUGUCUCAUGCCCAUGUGCUAUUGGCCUAGCAGUUCCUAUGGUCAUUGUAAUCGCGUGCGGUGUUGCUGCAGAGAAAGGCCUAGUUUACAAGGCAAGCGAAACUAUAGAAAUCGCUCACAAGGCUUCACAUGUCGUUUUCGACAAAACUGGUACGUUGACUGAAGGAAAGCUAUCUGUUGCGAGCGAGGAGUAUCUGCUAGGAGCGCAACAUGCCGUCGCCUCGAAGAUCUUGGGUUUAUUAGCAGACGUUAACCACCCGGUCUCGUCCGCCAUCACGACUCACCUGAAAGGCCAGGAAGUUAUUGCUGUCAAGGUCGACGGGGUUGAGUCUCUCCCCGGAAAAGGGGUGCAAGGUUACAUCGAUGGACUUUCCAUCCAGGCUGGCAACUCCCGCUGGCUUGGUACGGGGUCUGACCUCCGCGUGCAAGCCGUACUAGCAAAAGGUCACACUGCCUUCUGCGUAACCAUCGGGUCGGAACUCCAGGCUGUUUUUGGGCUGGCCGAUACUAUCCGACAAGAUGCAGCACAAACUAUCGCAGAGCUACAGAGAAGAAAAAUAACCGUGUCGAUGCUAAGUGGCGAUGACGACGGCGCCGUCCAAGCCGUAGCUUCUUCGCUAGGAAUUCCCGUAGAGAACGCUCUAUCUCGAUGCUCUCCAGCUGACAAGCGUGCGUACAUCCAAAAGCUGCUUGGAAACCAGGAAGUGGCAGACAAUAAGAGGCAGCCAGUGGUCGUAUUUGUGGGGGAUGGGACAAACGACGCCGUGGCUCUAGCCCAGGCUACGAUCGGCGUGCAUGUCAACUCGGGCACGGAUGUGGCGCAGUCGGCAGCUGACGUCGUACUGAUGCGGCCCUCGCUCGGCGGCGUGCUCGCCAUGAUAGACGUGUCACGAGCCGCCGUGCGCCGCGUCGCCUUCAACUUCGGCUGGAGCUUCGUAUACAACGUGUUCGCGAUCAUGCUCGCGGCCGGAGCGUUCGUAAAUGCAGGUGAGAAUGUGCGUAUCCCGCCCGAAUUCGCCGGACUUGGGGAGUUGGUUAGCGUGCUGCCCGUUAUCGUGGUUGCGGUCAGCCUGCGCUGGGCCAGAAUUUAGAGGAUCUGCGUAAAGGGGUGGAUGACACUUUGGGACGGACUUGAUAGUUUUAACUCUGGGUCCCCCAUUCACUUUUUUCAUUUUGGGCUCGUUUAACCUCUAGUGAUACUCCCAUGUAUUACGAGACGAUUCUACUUCUGAUGUGGGGUUUACGGCUAUGGCCGUGGUUACGCCCCCUAUUUAACUCAACUUGUGAGACGAGCGUGGACUUUUUACUCUAUGUUCCGACAUCACGGUCUUUACAGAUAGCUAGCGUAGUAUUCAUAUCACAACUGAACUAGGGUGAUAGCUACAAAUAUUAUUACUAAAUGAGCGAAGCUAUUAUUGCACCAUCUCUACUGUGAC